AUGGCGACUUUUACCGCAUUAAACAUCGAACCAGACGAUCAAAGCUAUGAUGAGAUCGAUAACACGAGAGAGAUUCAAAUAGAAGAUGCUCUUAAGCUCUACACAGCUGCGCUUAAGCUACAUGCCCAAGGUCUUCCUUUCUAUCGAGAAGCUGCCGAAGCCUACAAGAAUUUAUUUCAAUCGGAAAUCUUCAGCUACCCAGAAGCUGUCACUGAAUUUACAAGACUCGAAGAGCAUCCCGAACUUGAGUAUGCCGACUCUGCCAUACCUAUUGAACUCGAUAUCGGCCAAGCUGUCGCGGAUGGCACAUCCAGCACAUUACCUCAAAUCCUUUACCUCGCAUACAAAAAUCAUGGACAAUUCAUUUUGGACUGUGUUAAGGCUCGCCUGCGAAACUCGAAUGGCGUGAUGGAUGAUGCCGCAACACUAGAUCUACAAGCCAAAGUUUCAAUGGAUGAUUUCGGACGUGCUCUAGCCAGUGAUGAAUCGGAUACCGAGCUAUGGAGACGAGCAGCUCGUAUUGGAGCCAUGCUUGGGAGUCAGAGAAUUGCUCGAUAUUGUCUUGAGGCUGCUGUCGAGGUUGAUGACGAUCCAACCAUUGCUGAAGUUGAACCUCAAUCUUUAGAAGAAGGUUUUGCGGGAGAGCAAUUGAAGAGUGUACUCGAAUCUUUGUCUGAUGAAUUAUCUCUAUCUCAUCCAAUAAUGGGACCCUACAAAAAGAAUGAAAUGCCUCAAUUUUUGAAGAAACACAUUGAUCCAUAUCCAUUCCUGCCAAAUCCCACCAAAAUCUUGAAUAGGAGCAUGGAUAAUGAUGCACCAUUGCAGAUUCUCGAAGGCCGUGCAAUUAUCAACGUACCAGAAAGGUCAUGGACAGCUAUUGGCCAUGAGAUAUGCCAAGCUUCAACUUGCCUUCCUGUUGUUGGUGUUAUACUUGCUUUACCCCAAGGAGAGGACCAGUACUUCUCCCCCGAGCCCAUAUUGGGUGAACAGCAUGUUGAAAAUCAACCAGAGGUCGUCGACACUGUAAUGUCGAUAUCCCCGAUAGUCGAAAGUCUUGGGAAUGGCACACCUACUACCAAUAAUUCUGAUGAAAGGACCGGCGAGCCUGCUGGAACAGCUUCUGCACAACUCCCUGAUGCAGCUUUGCCUACAAGAAAAAGGUCUCAGUCUGCUGCUGGCUUGCGCGACACCCCAGAAGAGGAAAACAGCACCCACAAGCGUAGCAGGCGUAUCAGAAAUCGCGAAAUUACUACUACUGAAACUCCCGUCGACCCAGCAGCUCAAUAUGCCGAACAGCUUAGGACGUUUUCUCGUGCUGACGAUGAUGUUUUCAGAUUUGUUGGGAAUGUGCUCCAGAAAAUAGGCGUUGAAGAUUUAGGGACCCGUGAAGAGCUCCAAGUAGCUUUGGCGAUUGAUAAAGCCACCGAGCGCGAUGAUAUCCGAACCAACACUGCAGUUAGAGAUCUACGUGAUAUCAUGAAAUCUUGGGACGAAGCUAAGGCAGCAGUGUUUGAAAACGCUAAUGUCGCUGACAUCCUAGGAACUUCUGGAGGUAGUGCGAAUGCUGGCUUGUCGGCUUUUCUCGAACAUUCAAAUUCGGCAUCACAAAAUAUAAACAGCAAACCACCGCCAUUUGCAGAAUUCGGUGGGAUAUCACAUUUUGCACAAAAAAUCGAAAAAGAUUGGAUGCCGUUACAAGAUGUAGUUUUUGAAUGGCUUCGCACUGUUCUAGCAACUUAUCUACAGCGUCAAUGGAGUGCUGAACUGAAAGUAGCCACUGUUCGGAUGAUCAGUUUCCUUGACGCAGAUAUUUUCGAUCGCGUUCAGUCAGAGUUGGAAUUAAGUCGCUCAUCUGGCGAAGCUUCCACCCACCUAUCACAGAUAGAGGAGAUAACAGAAACAAUAUUUGAACUUCACCUCGACGUCUAUACACGCAUUACCAAUGCAGAUAGUAUGGUUGGAAUGGAUAUCAGAAUUAUGACAAAGGAUAGGCUUGAUCGUUGGGCAGAUCUCUCGGCUUUUGUGAUGCGUAGCCGGAAUUCUGAGCAGGAUGAUGAACUGUCUCUAAGGUAUUUGUGGGCUUCAGUCUUUUAUGCCACAGUUCCUGAAGAAGUUUCACGCGAGCAUAAAGUUCUUCUCUGGACUAGCCUUCGAGAUAUUCUCGACAAGGCUGGAAAACCACCAAUUUUACUUCCGAACAAUGCCGUCAUACCUGAAAUAUCCACAUCGGCGGCAGAUCGAGAGGUCUCAAGCCUGACAACGAUGGAAUUCUUCCAAAAUCUUUUCCAGCCCGAUAAAUCUGACCCGUUAGCAAUUAUCCAAACGCUCGAGCCAGUUUUGGAUCCAGAAUCCACAUCUCAGUCUUUAGAAAUGGAGAUUGCUGAUUCUCAAGACAGCGAGAUCUCCAAGAUUAAAGAUACUACACCAGCGAUAUUGCGUGACAUGUGGAAAUUCUUGGACAGUGGAAGCACAUCACUUCGUCUUUUUCUGUGGCAACGUCUGAGCGAAGCAUAUGCCAGCAUCGGAUACAAGACCAAAGUAUUUUCAUGUAGCUUAAAAUGUAUCGAGAUACUGGUGGCAGAGUUUAGAAGUGAGGGUUACUUGAAAUGUGAUGAAGAGACUCGUCGCCAUAAGUUGCUGGUAUUAUUCAAGGCUCUUGAUCAGCUAUUGGUUCCAGCAUUGACUACAGCACUUAACGAAGCUACAACCUGCUUUGAAAUUAUCGACGACCGCCAUAUUAAAUCAACAUGCGCCGCAUUGGCACAAUUAAGCCGUAUUCUUCACGCCGCGGCAGUCUUCGAUGACGAAAUUAGUGUUGGAAGUAUUUCACUUCCACAGACUGGGGUCUACUCUAUGUUUGGAUCGUUUAACAAUUUUGCGAACAAGGUCAAGGAAAUGCAAGUACGGACGUGGGCUUUACAGUAUGCUAUGGUCAAAGAAGCUACAACUCAGAAUCGUGAUCUCUUUCCAACUCCUGAUAAUGAUCUAGCGGAUUUCCUUGCGCUAGUCCACUAUUCAUUAGGCUUGAGAAAGUGUUGCAAGGUCUCGAACAAAAUUUUCCUUAAGAUGAUGAAGCAAGAAAUGUCCCGUUUUAAGUACAUUGACAGAUGGGAAGACUAUCUGGGCCAGGUAUUGUUUGAUCUAUAUGGCAUCAAAUUAGGUGUAGGCACAUUUCUGCUCGAUGAUCAUGGUUGUCCUAGAGAAAACUUGGAUCGACGAACUGUCAUGAAUAUUGCAGAACAAGUCAUCUCACUUGCGAACAACAUGCCAAUGAAAGAUCUUAUGAAGCACGAACUCAAGCCCACAAUUGAAAAGAUGCAAACUGCUGUCGGUCAGCCCAAAGAAACACCUACCAUGCUACAUAACUCAAGAAAUAUCACGGAGUAUCUGAAAACUCCAAUCCGUCCUCUCGACUUUUAUCUAGCCAUGAGAGGCGAGGUAGAGAUUGAUUUCAUUUCUGUACAUACCCCAGAAAGCCCUCUUGCCGAUAAAGGUUGGUAUUAUCUCUUAGGUAUGCUUGCUCUGACAAAAUACCGUUCAACGAAGCGAACCAGUGCUGGCUCCCAAACGGAUGACUUGAAUUUUGCAGCACAUUUCAUGAAGCUUCAGCUGCAAUAUACUGCGGAUCACUGGGAAGCGUGGUACAGACUUGCGCAAUGCUAUGAUCUGGAGCUAGAGGAAGAGGUGUUAUGGAGCGCAGAUAAAAUGAACGGUGAUAGACCACUUUUGGUUCGUUUGCAGAAGUCUUCUAUUCACUGUUAUGUUAUGGCGCUCUCUACAGCAAUGCGUUGCGCGGAUAGUUCAUUUGGAACGGCUGAAAAGCUGUCUGACAUGUAUCAUGAUUUUGGAAUGCGCUUGUAUGCAUCAUCUCGAGAGCCUUUCAGCAUGGAAGUGUUCUGGGUAGGCGAAGAAAAACAUAUGAGCGGGGAACAAAUAGGGAUGUACAAGAAGACGCCUUUCGAGGAAAUGAGUAAAUACAAGUUGUGGAAAUAUGCAGCGGAACUAUUCAAGCGCUCUCUCGCGGAUCGGCCAGAUUUCUGGAUGAAUCAUUUUAUGCUGGGAAAAUGCCAGUGGAAAAUGAUAGCGGCCGCACAGGAAGAAUAUUAUCAGCCCAAUGUACCCACCAUGGAGAUGGUCUUGAAUACGUUCAUUCGUGCCAUAGAAACAUGCCCGAAACCAAGUAAAAGCAGUCAGGAGCCCAUCCUGGAACCACAUUAUAAGCUUGCCUCUCUUGUUCAUAAACUGGUAGCGCGAGGAGAAAUGGAAUUUCAAGAUGCCGCUAAGCUUCUACAAGACCGACCAUAUGGUCCACGGAAGGGAGAUCCUUUUGUGAUUGAAAAUGAAGAAGAUUGGGAAAUCUUUAUUCUUGCUUGCUUCCGCCAGUUACGGAAUUUAGACAAGCCACACUGGCAUCAUCGUAUGAUUGCUCGUGUAGCUAACGUCGUUUACGAUGAGUCUAAUCCGGAUUACGAAAAAGCUUGUUUGGCUCGCAGUGAAUUUCGAGAGUCUAUAUUCACCAAAACCAUGUCUAUGCAAGUUUGGAAACCAGAAGCGGAAAGACCAGGAAGACAUUUUGUUUACAUGCGACGUUAUGCUCUGUUCAUGGCCAGGCUCUUGUUUCUUACUGACGAUAAACCAAAUAUGGAAUUGUUAGCUAAGCGUGUCAGGAAGCGGGCAGUGGACUACUUCAAAUUUGGCGAUGUCUGGAAUGAAUGUUGUACAAUUUAUCUUAGGCUGAUUCGUAAAGCUGCUGCUAUACCUGCUAAUGUCGACGAAGUCUUCAGAGGAAUCUCCCAGGAGGUGUGGGAGGCCUACUCACAACGCCUAGACGAUUCUAUCAGAGAUGGUAGUCUUUCACACCCAGCUCUUGAUGCUUUGCGAGAGACUAUUGAGUUGAAGAAACUCAACAAUGGUCUUGCGAAGAUAACUCCAAUCGACGAUAUGAUCAAUGAUAUCUGGGCAGUCCUUUAUAUUCAGGUCGUCAGGGACACUCCUGCAAUAGACGUUACGGCAUUGACCCAAUCCCAAAUUGACGGAGAAGCUGCAACAAGACCGUCGGGUCCGAUGACUCUCAAUCAUAUUCUUACCAAUACGGAUGCCUCUACCCCGCUUCCUUCUGUUGAGGUGCCCAGACCUCGCAAACUCGGUAUCAACCGUAAGGCAGUAAUCACAAGAGCUGAGCAAUCUAUCAACCGUGCCGCUGAAGCAGCUAGACCUGCUGCCCCUAAUCGUCCUAAGAAUGCCGCGUCAUCUUCUGUUUUGCCUUCAAAUGCAUCGCCUAUUACUUCGUCUGCCCCCAGAAUCGAGAUACCUGUUGCAGCACCCCAGCAAAGCGCAAGAAGAGAGGAUAGUUCAGCACCAGGCAGUGUACACGAUAGUGCAGAUGAUGAGAGUGAUUUGAGCGAUGUUCCUGAUAUGGACGAUCUGGAUGGAUCUUUAAUGUUUCCGAACUUGAUGAGAAGAAAUGGGAGUGGGAGCGUAGGACAUACUCCUACCCCGGGAAGUAACGGAUAG